CAUCCAUAACCAUCUUGAAGCCUCAUUAUGUGUUUGGCUUUCUCUCUAGCAAAGUAUAUAAACACGUUUCUUCAUUGACACUAAAAAAUCAAGAAAAAACACAUAUCCAUUCCCAUCUUGUAUUAGCCACAGGGAGAGAGAUGGCGAUUUCAAAGCCAUUAUUCCCUAUAAUUUCUUGUGUUACAUUUCUAGUCUUAUAUUGCGUAACACCAACUUCUUCAUCAGCCUCACUUCAAGAACAAUUCAUCAGCUGCGUCAAAAGCAACACACAUGUUUCUUUACCACUCGACAAAACUAUCUUUACUCCGACCAAAAACGUCUCUAUGUUCGACCAAGUCCUUGAAUCGACGGCUCAGAAUCUCCGGUUCUUGGCGAAAUCCAUGCCUAAACCAGGAUUCAUAUUCAGACCGGUUCAUGAGUCUCAAGUCCAAGCUUCCAUCAUCUGUUCCAAGAAACUCAAGAUUCAUUUCCGUGUUCGAAGCGGUGGUCAUGAUUUCGAAGCCAUGUCUUUUGUUUCUCGGAUUGAAAGACCGUUCAUAUUGAUAGAUUUUGCGAAACUGAGACGAGUCGAUGUUGAUAUUAAAAACAACAGUACUUGGGUUCAAGCUGGUGCUACGCUUGGUGAGCUUUACUACAGAAUUGCAGAGAAGAGCAAGGUCCAUGGAUAUCCCGCGGGUUUAUGCACGAGCGUAGGCAUAGGAGGGUAUAUGACAGGUGGUGGAUACGGUUCCUUGAUGAGGAAGUAUGGUCUUGCGGGAGACAAUGUUCUAGACGUAAAGAUGAUUGAUGCUAAUGGCAAACUACUCAACAGAGCCACGAUGGGUGAGGAUCUGUUUUGGGCACUUAGAGGAGGCGGUGGAGCGAGUUUUGGUAUAGUUCUAGCGUGGAAGAUCAAGCUUGUUCCUGUUCCUGAAACCCUAACCAUGUUCACCGUUACCAAAACGCCAAAACAAGAUCCAGGGCUGGAGAUUAUAUCAAAGUGGCAAAGAAUCGCGUCCAAGGUUAUGGAAGAGUUACAUAUCCGAGUGGAGUUCACUGCCGUUGGAAAUAAAGGAAACAGGACUGUGAUGAUGUCUUAUAAAGGUCAGUUUCUUGGAAAGAAAGUUACCUUGAUGAAGGUUAUGAAUAAGGUUUUUCCAGAAUUAGGGUUGACUCAGGAGGAUUGUACCGAAAUGAGCUGGAUCGAGGCGGCUCUUGUCAAUGGUGGAUUUAAGAAUGGUUCUACUAUUGAUGUUUUGCUUCAACUUCAGUCUCCUUUAGGGAAAACUUACUACAAAGCCAAGUCUGAUUUCGUUAAAGAACCUAUCCCUGCUUUAGGACUACAAGGACUGUUCGAAAGAUUGAUUCAAGAAGACAUACCGUUUGUGAAUUGGACUCCUUACGGUGGUAUGAUGGCGAGAAUCCCUGAAUCUGAGAUCCCAUUUCCUCAUAGAAACGGGACACUCUUCAAGAUUCUCUAUCAAAUUAACUGGCCAGCGAACGACAAGAGACCGAGCAGACACGUCAACUGGAUGAGAGAGUUGUAUAGUUACAUGGCGCCGUAUGUCUCAAGUAAUCCAAGACAAGCAUAUGUGAACUAUAGAGAUCUAGAUCUUGGACAGAACAUGAACAACAACGCAAAGGUUAACUCCAUAGAAGCUAAGAUCUGGGGAGCUAAGUACUUCAAAGGAAAUUACGACAGACUGGUGAAGAUCAAAACAAAGGUUGAUCCAGAGAACUUCUUCAGAAACGAGCAGAGCAUUCCACCUAUGAUGUAACGACAAUUUUUAUCAAUCAAAUAAGAAUAAAGUAGAAGAAAUCAUAUAAUGAUUCUUGUGUAUUUCACACAUUGUUGUAGCAAAAUAUUAAGAGAAAUAAAAUCACAAUAUACUUUGGAAAAUUUUGACAA